GGAUUACAGUCGCCUUAUAUCACUUGUACAUAUUCUACAAGUCUCAGUUCAAGUAACACUUCGGCAUGAAAAAGCACGUGAAAUUCAUUGAAAACAGCGAUAAAAGUCGUCCUUACCACAAAAAGUCGCUUUUGCCUUUAAGGCCAUCUGGUCUCAACCAUGUGCAAACUGGCAAAACAAACUCAGUAUUUGGACACAAAAUACAAAGACCUGCAACUGUACAAAUUCCAGAACAAGAUCGGGACAUUAAAACUAUUCAUAUCCCUAAAACCAUAACUGCUGCUCCAUUUUUACAGCACCCAGGCCUGACACCCGGACAGAAGCGUUUUCUGUAUAGUAUCGCAGAGGCCUACAGUAAAGAUCACAUGCGGCAGUUAAUAUGUCAACACUAUAUGAAUGUAUUACACCGCUGUAUCAGGACAGUGCCAGAUGCGAAUGUGAAUCUAAACGUGAAGCUGCAGGUGUCAACAUACACCCCACAAGAGGAGCCCAAGACAAAUUCUCAAAGUGCAUCUACGAGCAAGACGAAAGAAAGUGGAAAACGAUCUUCAGAGAAAGUCAAGAAAACAACUUUUCCCAAAAUUGUCAAGCAUCAAAGUACGUUCUCUGGAUUUGCAAAAUCAAACAAGAUACAUUCAAGAAAGAGAAGGACUACCCCUGCAAAACAUGCUUCGUCACGGGAAUCACAUCCAUGGGAAGAUGACUUUGAAUGGGAGGCGGCUGAAUUGGACUCUUAUAUUGCUGGACACAUGAGUGGCCUGUCUUUCAAUGAAUCGGAAGACGAUGACGAGGACUUUCUAUUCCUCAGCUAACACAUAAAUCUAUCUUUUAUUUGUCAUUUGUGAAAAAUACCUAACAAGAUCAUUCUUAAAACAUACCCAAAACUAUCCAGUUUGAAGUAAAAAGCGGUUCCAGACAUUUCAAAAUAGUCAUUUUAA